GUUAAUUGUCAGGAAUAUUAUUAAUAAGUCUGUGUCUGCAGUCUGGCUAUUUUCAUUUCAGGCAGAAGCGCCAGUACUCUCUUCGAUCUUUUGUCCAACUUUUGAGAGAGAGAGAGAGAGAGAGAGAGAGAGAGAGAGAGAGAGAGAGAGAGAGAGAGAGAGAGGUUGACGAUGAAGGAGAUGAUGAAUAACCAUGAUCAAGCUCUGAGAAACGGAACUGGUGCUGGUGUUGCUGGUGCUGCAGAGGCUGCGAGGGUUUCGACUUCUAGAAUAUCAUCUCUGCUGGCCUCCCCAGAUCGUGAUUAUCUUCUUUCUCCAUCUGGAAAUCAGGUGAAAGUUUCUGAUCUUGAUGGGAAGAUAAUAGGGCUCUACUUCUCGGCCAAUUGGUACCCUCCAUGCUGGAACUUCAACCAACUCUUAGUCGGCAUCUAUAAUCAGCUCAAGAACAAUACCACUACUGGUUCUAGGUUUGAAAUCGUGUACAUAUCAUCUGAUGAAGACUCUGAUGCCUUUAACGGCUACCACGGUUGCAUGCCGUGGCCAGCAAUUCCUUUUUCCGAUUUGGAGAUCAAGAAAGCUCUGAAUCGAAAAUUUGAGAUAGAGGGAAUUCCGAGCCUGGUUAUUCUGCAACCUAGUGAUUGCAAGGAUGGUGAUGAGGCUACGUUGCGUGAUGGAGUUGAGAUCAUUUAUCGCUAUGGUGUCCAAGCCUUUCCUUUUACUAAACAGAGGCUGGAACAGUUGGAGAAAGAAGAGAAAGAGAAACAUGAGAACCAGACCUUGACCAAUCUGCUAACAAACCACAACAGACACUAUCUUCUGGGCCAUCAGACGCCAAAUCAGGUCCCUGUGGCUUCAUUGAUAGGCAAGACAAUUGGACUCUACUUUUCAGCUCAGUGGUGCAUUCCAUGUGUUAAUUUCACCCCUCGGCUUGUCUCAAUCUACAAGAAGAUUAAAGAGCAAAUGCAAGUAGGUGAUCGGCAACAAGAUGGAGAGGACUUCGAGAUAGUGUUUGUUUCAAGUGAUCGCGAUAGAACAUCCUUCGAAGCAUACUUCAGCACCAUGCAAUGGCUAGCAUUACCCUUUGAUGAUCCCAACAUCAAAGAGCUCGUUAAGCAUUUCGAUGUCAAAGGUAUUCCUUGUUUGGUAAUUUUAGGGCCGGAUGGUAAAACUGUCACCAAGCACGGUAGAAAUCUGAUCAACUUGUACAAGGAAAAUGCUUAUCCCUUCACUGCUGCAAAGUUGGAAUCGUUGGAGAAGAAAAUGGAUGAAGAGGCCAAGGCUCUGCCGCGGUCGGUGUACCAUGUAGGACAUAGGCAUGAGCUGAAUUUGGUGUCGGAAGGCAACGGCGGAGGACCCUUUAUAUGUUGCGACUGUGAUGAACAAGGAUGCGGUUGGGCUUAUCAGUGUCUUGAAUGCGGAUAUGAGGUGCACCCCAAGUGUGUCACUGCUACUACUGGUGCAGUCAGUGCAUGAUUCAUCUAUUGGUUUGGGCGCUAAUCAAUUUGCUAAUUAUACUAAAGUGAUGGUUGCUCUGCUAUGAAAGCCUAUUAUAGUUCUGGUCUGUUGUUUAAUUUGGUUUUAGGAAUGACUGUUCCCUGGGAUUGGAUCAUUAAUUUUUAAAAGUGUGAUGUGAUUCUUAUUCUAAAAUUCUCAAGUAAUUGACACUACAUUGUUCGAUGA